AUGGAGAAUGAAAAUGAGAACAAUGCGGUUGGUGAGAACCACGAGAAUACUUACGAUGAUUAUGGCUUAGGCGAGCCACUUUAUGAUGAUGAUAUUGAUGGUGGUGGAGAAAAAAGUACUGAAAGGAUCCCGAAAGACCAAGCAACUUAUUUGACAAUAUGA